AUGUGGCCCCUCCAGGGUGCUCCGCUGCUUUCUCAGGCACUCCCCAAGGUAGCUCCCAGGGCUGGAUGGGAUGCCUCAACUCUGAGGCGGUGGGCUUCACUCUCUGCUAUUCACCAAGGUCGGCGUCGGGAGGAGAGAUCUAGGCCUCAGGGGUUCAGGUCUUCACGACAGGGCACGCGGGACAGUGGUGCUACGGAAACAUCACAGCCUUUGACCUUUGCUGAAAGGCGCAGAGCCAGGGCAGCUGCACCAGCGCCGACAUUCCGCAUCCGAAAGGGAAAGAAGGACAUCACCCAUAAGGAUGGGCCAAGGGCUAUGUCUAGGCAGGCACGAUUCUACGACCCCAAAGACUCCUUUGGCAAGAAAAGUCUUGUAUACCAAGCAAAGGCAGGAAACUUGAAGGAGCAAUUUGGGGCUCUGGAUGACAAGAGCACCAUGCCAAGGCGGCCCCUGAGAUCCCCUGCCAGGCCGGAACCAGCAUCAUCAUCGUACUCGAGAAGAGAUACGCCCAGGCGGUGGGAGAACGGCAGGGCUGACGACAGCGAGGGUCGACGCUCAGAUAGGACCGGAGCUGCGGCCAGAUCUGAGGACAGAAGAGGACGUAACGAGAGACCUAUUCGAUCUCGGCAAGGACGAGAACAUAGACGGGAUGAUGUGCCAGGUUACGGAGGCGCGACACGUCGGGACGAGCCAUUUCAAACAGCAGUUGCUGAACGACAACCGCUGUCGAUUCCCUAUACAACGGCGGCAUCGCAGUUUUUAUAUGGGAAGUCGGUCGUCGAGGCGGCUCUGCAGGCAUCGCAGCGCAAACUGUACAAGCUGUACAUCUAUGGCGGAGCCAAUCGACAGAACGUCUCGCAGGACAUCGGUAUCCAACGACAGGCGGAACGAAAAGGAGUCGACGUCCAGAUCGUCGGGGAGGAUGGUUUGCGCCUCAUGGAGAAAAUGAGCGCGGGACGCCCACACAACGGCUAUGUCCUUGAGGCGUCGCCCUUGCCACAGCUGCCUCUGACGAGCCUUGGGCCAAUGUCGGAAGACGAGAACAACCCCGGCUUUCACGUCAACAUGGCCCACCAGUCAGUUGAGGACGCCAAGAUCAAUGGCAGCUCCGACUUCUUCCCAUCGCCGCGCAACAGCAACUACAAGCCAUUGGUCCUCGUGCUGGAUCAGAUACUGGACCCUGGGAACUUUGGCGCGAUUCUGCGGACAGCCAGCUUCCUUGGAGCCACUGCUGUGGCGGUCACGAAGCGUAACUCUGCAUCGCUGACACCCGUCGCGCUAAAGGCCUCAGCAGGCGCCUCGGAGGCGCUGACCCUCUUCUCUGUCGAGUCGCUCGCCCCCUUCCUGACCGAGUCGAAAGAGAACGGGUGGCAGGUCUACGCAGCCGUGCCUGGGGCGGCCAGGUCGAGACAGCAUCGGCAGGUGGAUAUGCACGAACUCGCGGACCUGGAUCCUCUUUCCAAAGAUCCAUGCAUCCUCCUGAUGGGGAGCGAGGGCGACGGGCUUUCGCGGCAGCUCAGGAGCAAGGCCGACGUUGUGGUGAACAUCCCGAACUUGUCCGGGUCCAAUGUCGUCGACAGCCUCAACGUCAGUGUCGCGACUGGCUUGCUCUGUUCCGCAUUUCUCCGAGGCAAGGAGAGGUCACAAUUUAGCAAGUUGGCGGAGAAAUCUGAAGAGCCUGGGCUUUGGUAA